AUGAUAAUGGAUUGCGAGUCAAUAGCCUCUCGCUAUCAUGUGAUACAGCGAUUGAGGAAACAAUACCUGUCCUCCCGUCCCGUUUUGCGCACAACUGGUGAACCAUAUAUUCUGACACCUGUUUCGGUGUAUUCCACAGAAAUGAAUGGAACCGAAAGAAUCAAAAGAAUAUUCAUUAGUAUAGCGAAAGUGAUUGGACUUCUGGUGUUACUAUAUUUCUUCAUCUGUUCGCUGGACUUCUUGAGCUCAGCGUUUCGUUUGGUCGGCAGUCGAGCCGCUGGAAGGAUCAUAUCGGACAGCGAUCUGCUGAAGAAUCCGGUGGUGGGCCUUAUGAUUGGCGUUUUGGUCACAGUUCUGGUCCAGUCGUCGUCCACCUCGACGUCGAUUGUCGUAACAAUGGUUGGCUCCCAUUUAAUCAAAGUACGGGAAGCCAUUCCGAUUGUGAUGGGCGCCAACAUUGGCACGUCUGUCACCAACACUAUUGUGUCGCUAAUGCAGGCGACCGACAGGAAUGAGUUCCGUCUGGCCUUCGCCGCCGCCACUGUUCACGAUAUGUUCAAUUGGCUCACAGUUAUAGUCCUCCUACCCAUCGAAGUGUCCACACAUUACUUAGAGCUCAUGACUGACGCCCUAAUACAAGGCGAUUGGAAACGAGACAACUCUACCAACACUGAAUUCCUCGGCCGACUAACUAAACCAUUCACUAAACUAGUAAUUGAGGUAUCAUUUCAAGUA